AUGAAACUCAGAAGGACAACUCCGGAGGACGAGGAGUACGAGGAUGCAGUGGCCGCCCUUGCAGCUCUCGCGAACAGGGAGCCAUUGCUUGACUUCCAGUAUCCUGAAGCUCUCCGACAUGCUCAGCGUGAUGUUUACGGGCUACUUCGCCGAGAUGCUUCCGAGUCCAAUUCAGCAUUCAGUACGGCCACCACAAUGUCGUCUUCGUUGACCGCUCUGACUACAGCAUCAACAAUGACAACUACAUUCUCUGCGACAUGGGAAUCCUCGAGCUCAUCACCCUCAACCUGGACAACUACAUCUGCGACAAGCAGCUGGACGAUACCAUCUUGGUGUACGCCAGUCCUCCCAGUCUCGACUGGCACCACAUCUGAACCUUGGACUAUGACUACAACAGUGGCCUCGACGAAGGAUUCCGUCAAUACCCGCCAAUCAUGGCUCGACUGGACCACUACUACGAUGUUGACAGGGAACGAUGCAAAGACGACUGCCUCUGGAGCUAAUCCUGCAUGGCAUGACAGUACUGCUACCAGCACGACAAAAAGGAAGAAUAAUCCCAGUUCAACCAAUCAAGCUGACUCGACCUGGGCAGAUUGGUCGGCUUCCAAGGCCAAAGGCUCUGCCGACCCUACCUGGAGUGAUUGGGCGGUUUCGACCACGACGAAAACGCCAGCGGAUCCAACAUGGUCUGACUGGGCUGCAACAGUCACCGAGCCUACCUCGUCCGGCUGGGACCCUUUGAAGACGACUGCAACCGAUCACACAUGGUCAGCCUCGACCUCUGUCAAACCGAAGACCAACUCGGGCGAUAUUGUCUCGUCAGAUGACGAUAUGGUCACGACGAGUGCCGCAAACCCAUCCUGGACGGACCAGAAUGAUCCAGGCGUAAGCACCGGAUCGUGGGAACAAACGACGACCGCCGCUGCCCAAACAAACACGGUUACCAUCAGCUUAACACCUGUGAAGCCAUCGACAAGCAGCCCGACCACCAGCGCCGACCCCGUGAACCCCUGGCAGACCUACACUGGUGCCGCCAGGCAAAAUUCUGCAUCUGUGGUGAGCAUUGUAGCAGCAAUCAUUGUGUUGGCAAGCUUUCUGGAGUUCUGA